UACAUUUUCUUUUUAUUUCAGAGGAGUACUUGUUGACUUACAAUAUUCCUUGUGUUCCUUCCCACUUUUUAUUUUUAUUUUUUAUUUUUUUUUACAGAUGAAAACUGCAUUAAUCAAUAUCAAUUUUCUCAAUUCAUGAAUCAAAGUUGAAUAUAAUGGUAUCCCCUGCUAAUGGUAUGUUUCUAAACAAAAACAGAUACUGAUAUAAUGAUCAUUAAAACUAGACGCAAGGUUGUCACCCCUCCAAAUAUAACUUUUGUAUAUGUAAUUUCAAACUAUAAUCCAUUUGUUUAUGAGAUAAUAAAGCAGUGUGAUUUUAGUCAUGUAGUUUUGUUAGCAACAUAUACCUAUACUAAUUGAUGAGGAGUUGUUUUAACUAAAACAUCCCAUUACAGACCAAUAUUCAACCACUCCAUAAUAGUUUUUUUCUUUCCACAUUAUAUUCUAUCUGUUCCACUUUAUGAUUAAAUACAUACCCUCUUCUUGUACAUGCCUGUAUAUAUAACACCCUGAAUCAUUUUCAUCAAUAACAAAUCUUCCUCUCAAAUCCUAGUGAAACAGAUCCCCCACCAGUACAAGUUUUUUGAGAGUAAAAUGGCCAAUGUUGAACACAAUGGUAACACUUGCCAGAGCACCCUCUGUCUUUUGUUUCUAACCACAACCUUUCUUAUUGCCAACUCUGCAAGGAUCCUAGAUGAAGUAGAACCCCAACCCCAGGCCAUAGGUAACUUAGCAGCAUCUGGAACUGUCAAUCCUUCCUUCACAACAGGUCCAAUCACCACUUCACCACAGGCAGGUCCUGUCACCACUUUGCCGAUUAACCAAACACCUGCAGCCACAACCACACCACUGGUAGGACCUGCCACCACUUUGCCAAGUGGCCAAACACCUGCAGCCACCACCAUCAGUCCUGUUGCUACAGAAGAUUCCGGAGAUGAAGAUGACAAUGCAGACCCCCCAGUUCCGGAAACAGAAGCUCCAGCAGAGAACAUUCCUCCAGUGGCAAUUCCUACUCCAGAAGUGGUGCCAGCUAUCCCUAAUGCAACACCUGUGACACCAAAUCCUGUGGCAAAAGAGUCAUCCUUCUCUUUCUUCAUGCAUGACAUCCUUGGGGGGUCACAUCCAUCAGCAAGAGUGGUGGCAGGAAUUGUAGCAAACACUGAUGUCACUGGCCUACCAUUCUCCAAACUCAACAACAACCUCUUCCCAAUCACUGGAGGAAUCCCCUUGGUCAACCCCAAGCUCAAUGGCAUCAUCACCAAUAACAACCUCCCAAACCUUGUUGGCCUCAGUGGUGCACAAUCCUCCACUGUGUUUAAGAACAGUGGCACCAGCAACACUGUCACUGGCAGCGACAACCAGCCAUUUGUCUCGGCAGGUAACCUCCCUGCAGGGUUCACCAUCCAGAAGCUCAUGUUCGGAUCGGUGACAGUGAUUGAUGAUCAGUUAACAGAAGGGCAUGAGCUAGAUUCUGCUGUGAUUGGAAGGGCACAAGGAUUCUACUUGGCAAGUUCGUUGGAUGGCACUAGCCAGACCAUUUUGCUGACCAUUUUGGUGCAUGGUGGCGAACAUGAUCAACAUCACGAAGGAUUAGAGGAUAGUAUAAGUCUCUUCGGGAUUCAUAGGACAGCUUCAACAGAAUCUGAGAUAGCAGUGAUUGGUGGAACUGGGAAAUAUGAGAAUGCAAAAGGUUAUGCUUCACUUGAGACCCUUCUGAAGGAGGACCAGCACACCACCGAUGGGGUGGACACCAUCUUGCAUUUCAAUGUCUAUCUCACUGAGUAGAAAUUAUCUACAAUUGAAUCGCUUUCAUAUUUGCAGUUAAGUUUGACUUUGUGUAUGCUUUGUUCAAAUUGGUAAUGUCUCCUUUAAUGCUUGCUUAAGUUUGAAAUA